AACGAAUGUGACGCCGGUAUGUGCUCGGAGGGAUAUGGAUGUGUGAACAGUCCCGGAAGCUACACCUGCAACUGCGCGGAAGGAUACUCAGGCCAAUAUUGCAACGACAUCAAUGAAUGUGAAGAAGAGCCUCAUCCUUGCGGAGAGAACACAGAAUGUGAAAACACGGGGGGCAGUUAUAGGUGCAACUGUGUGGACGGCUUUAAAGCGGACGUGGGAGGCUACAACUGUACUGAUAUAGACGAGUGUGAUCCUGUCUACCGUCUCUGUUCCCCACAUGCCAACUGUACCAACACUCUUGGAAGCUACGUGUGCACGUGUAAAGAGGGCUUCUCUGGAAACGGAACGGCCUGUCAUGCGCUUCCAAAUACUACCAUUGACAUUGUCACGACUGCACCAACGCCUAGUCUCAGCCCUGCAGACUUCGGAUGGUCGGUAGGGGGCAGUAUUGUAGAAGCAUCUUGGUCACCAGGAGACACUACUACAAUAGACAUCGACUGUGAUCGCCCAGGCGGCGCUAGGCCUUGUAUUUCCUCGGACUACCAGGUUAUAACGAAUGUAACGAGUCAUAGCGGGAGUCAGUGCUGGAACUACAAGCGUGGCCGGAGAAAUGGUGAGCCCGGGGCCGGUACACCCUUCUCCCCGCAACUCAACGUCGCAGUGGGGCGGUCAGACGGCAACUACACCGGACAGGCAGAUUCCUUCUACGCGUCCUUCUGGUUCAAAGCAGCGAAAGAAUACACGGACACCGACACGUUCGGAGACGGGUCGCGGAUCAUGGUAGCUGCCGGGGAUCCAGAGGGAACGUGGGCUUCAUCGAACUACCUGGAGGUGCGGUUAGAGUCCAGGUACCGCGCCAAGGUUUCAGUGCGAACGCGAGAGAGCUGGCCAAGCUACGAGCAGUGUGCUCAGUCAAAGAACUGCGGCGAGGACUUUGGCUACUUGUCCCAAGAUGGCUACCAGGUCGUUGCUGAAAAUCUUGAGCCAACAGAGUGGCACAAGGUUGAGAUGACCCUCCGCGCCAAGCCCGAAGAUUACGCCGACGAGUGGAGGUACGUCGUAGACGGCAGGUACCGGGCCGAAGGCGGGGCUUACUACAAGACCAAGCAGUACGACGAGGGAAGGUAUCUGUACGUGAAUCGGCUCAACUUCGCGGCUAUGCAUCCACCGGAUGACAACAAGAAAGGGUUCUACUUUGACGACGUGUACUACAAAGCCUUCAACUCGGCAAACCCCAAUGUGAUCCUAGCUGAAUAUCGCACAUCUUUCGAAGCCAACUGAGACAGUCUAAGGUUUCCUUCUUCUAAUUCUAAACUCCUACACACAAGGAGUGUUUUCUCAUAGGUAAUAUAUACAUAUAUACAAAAGCCCAAGGAUGAAGUUUUCGCUGCAUACCAAUGGCAACAAAUCCGUGGCUAGUUUUACCGGGUUAGUAAAUGACUGACAUUACUUACUGACAAGUUCAACAUCUCACCGCAAGGUGGCGCUGCAGCUUGGAGGAUGCGGUCCCAAACGUGACCCCCCCCCCCUCUCAGCUCUCUUCAAAAUUAAUGACAGUAGAAUCCAUCAGUAUUAUUUCCAAGGAAGAUAGCAGAAUGUCUAUGAAAGCGUUGACAGAUAACUGAUAUCGGUUGUGUACAGAAAACCUUGAUAUUUUAAUGUAUUAAAUGUAUUCGCAUAUAUUCUCUAUACAAGUAGAUCUUAUGACAACAAACGGCAAUAAACUA